GAUAUGUUCAUUGAAACGGUCUGAAGUCUAUCACCGGCCAAUACUCGGGUAUUCAAAUGAUAAAUACAUAGGCUGAGAAACGGAACAGAAGGUAGCAACCCAUAACAGCGAUUUCGCUUAUAACAUAAUAUGACCGCGUACAAUACCACAUACAUACUUCUUCCCGUCCUCAUUAUCUCUCUCCCGAGUACCCAGCUGUUGCUGGUCGUCAUUCCUUUGGAUGUAGGUCAUUCAAAUUUUAACAACAGACGGAUAUUGACCCCAAUUGCAGAUCAGGUUGCUGUGCUCGCUUAUAAUCCGAAAGCCCGGAUGGCUUUUCUCAACCGUCGGACGACGGUAAUGACUACGUCCAGCUCGAAUUCCGGCCAUCCUGCCAGCUCCAGCGCCAGCCUCGGAAUUCCUUCCAGCACUGGCAAUUCGAAUAACAGUCUCUACAGUUCCCAGCGCGGCCAAUUCCACUCCAAUUCUAUCAUGAAACGAGUCUCCACUAUGUUCACUCCAAAAAAGAAAUCGUCACAAGACACCUCAUCCGUCUUCGGUAUUGGGCAUGAAGCAUCGAACUUGAGCAAACAGAGUCGGAAGAAAGACAAGUCUUCGAAGUCACGUCGCGAUUCGGUCCGCUCUUUCAGAGCUUCUUCAGAAUCAGAUUUGGAGGAUUUAGAGGAAAUUCGCCAACCUAAUGACCUUGGUCCACCUGCCCCGUCCAUUUAUUCUGCCGUUCGUGAAGAAGACGAAGAGCAUCCAACUUUUUCCACGCCGAAAAAACAGGUCCCAGAGCAGCAGAAAAGACUACGACGGUUCUCAAUACAAUCUCUACAGUCUCUGCUCUCUGCUCAGCCCUCGCAACAAGCACACUCCGCCUCGUCGAUGAAACGUCGUUCCAUAUCUCAUUCCAUACACUCCUCAUUACAUUCCAAAAAUUCAUCUCUUCAUUCCGAAAGUUAUGCUCAUUCCCUGCAUUCUUUAUCGCAAUCUUUACUCGAGGAGGAGGCCGAGCUCAUCGAGGGCCCGAAAUUUCAAACAGCUACGAAGGCAACGAUAGUUUCGGCUAUUUGGGCAGGACCGACGAGGGCAAGUUCCGUACCAAAUCUUGGUUCCUUCAUCCCAGCGACACCUCCGCCGUUCACUCUCAGUAUAAGAAGGAAGCCUCCCCCGCGUCUCGGCUUGAGGGAGCUUCCGGUUGAAAUUAUAGCCCAUGUCUUCAAGCUAUUACCGCGAAGACUACUUCUAGGCCUCGCGCCACUUUCCAAAAACUUUUCUCAGGCAGCACAGCUGGUCAUAUAUGAGACGCUCGAUCUCAGGAACAUCUCCUCUUCUCGGCAAGACGAGCUGGACAUCUUGUUGACCAAGAGGCAGGAUUUAACAGAGAUAACCCGAGAACUGAUAUGUGACGAUCGUCCAUCAUUAUAUCACCCUAGCUUUCCUUCAGCUCUUAUUUUGGCUCACAUGACACACCUCACCACUCUCACUCUUCCAUCCUUUUCCCUUGACCUCAUGCAACAUCAUACUGCGUUCGGCCUUCGUUCUGUCACUUUCCUCAACACGGACUUCACCUCGACGGAAAAGGUAGAAUUAUUAACCUGGCUUGAUGGCCAGGUCAACAUCACAACAUUAAGCUUACCCAGGCUGUUCGAUAGUCCUCCCGCUGCGGAUUUGGACCAUGAUGGAACACUCGAACGCGAGGUAUCCCAUUCACCGGUCUUUCUCUCUACGUCUUCACCCAGUCAUCUCAACAAUCAUUUCUCUUCGCCCCCCUCACCGCGUAACUCUCUACUAGUCUCCGCUCAACCUUCUCCUACACUCGCAACCCCAACACCCUUUCAAAUUCCGUUACCCCCGUCGCCGGGCCUUAUGUCCCUUUCCAACAGCAACUUGUCAUCAGAAUUGAUCACACUAUGCACAUCAUCGACCCUUCUCCCCCAUCUUGGAAUUGUGCGUGCCCCACCCUCCAUUCUUCAGCUUCUUGCCCCUUCACGAGCACGCACUUUGAGAAAAGUCGGUAUAAACAUCAACGACACUCUCGUAGGUGGCUUGCGUCCUGCGGAACUGGUCGGGUUUCUAAAAGCUUCCCAAGGACAACCUGCAUCGUCUGACGAAUCUGAGGACGAGGAAAUAUCAGAAGUUGACGGCGGUCUCGAGGAGCUUUACUUAAAUUUCGGGAGAAACGUAGAUCGGAGGACCGUUGAGAAAGUCCUCAGUGCAGCGGGCGCCGCUUUGGGAGGCUUUUCGUCGUCCAAGACUGUUGAAAGAGGGAGGGUCCGUGAAGAGAAAGAUGUGGAAAGCAGUGCAAACUCACAGAAUAUACAGGAGGAUUACCAUCCUCCCGGCUUGCAGAGCCUCGAGAUAGCGAUUCCUUGGAAUGGACCUAGGACGGAAGAGAUGUUAUACAAGACCAUUCAUUCUAUACUUCCGAGAUAUCGAGCUCUGUAUACGCUUGUGAUGCGUUUAUCCAGCCCAUUACCGUCUGAUGAAUUAGCAUCUUCAGAACCGCAAGUGUCUGCUACUACUGUAGAGGAGUCAUUGCGCCCACUAUCGAACCCACUUCCUGCUGUGCAAGUAAAUGGACAACCUGAUGCUGAUCAGACCUUAGAAGAUGUCAAGUCAGAUGAAACCGAUGCUUUACUUUCCCCAACCGAUACAAAUGAGAACAGCGUGGACUCUGAACAUUAUCGUGUCAAUCAGCGACAUAGUUAUGCCAGUAGUAGCCAAAUAUCUCUAGCUUCCGGUGGGACUGCACCUUCCGCUGGAUCAAUAGUCUCAUUGACAAUGUUUCCGAAUCCUCCUUCAUCACUCAUACCUAUCCCUCGGACUUCUACUCCAACAAACAAUGGGACAGAGACAGCUCUGGGGUCUCCUAAAUCUGCUAUAUCAUUCUAUUCCACUCCAAAUCGGACAUCAGAAUCACCAACACUCCCUUCUUCGCCUACGCCUUCUACGGCGAAAUCGAAGAACUUUCUUGGUCGUCUGCCCAGUCUCAAAAAGCGCGGGAAGAGAGCGGACACUGAUCCUCUCCCACCACUUCCUAGAAUCACUACACAACUCACCCCGAGUGGGAGGUCUGCGACACUUCCUAUACCUAUACCCGUAUCACCCAUAUCACCUCGCACACCUACUAUCGCCACACCUACUAUUAUCACACCUAUUCCGCCUUCCACAGAUAUACCAGUCACAAUGUCUACGAUACCCAAUACACCCACCACUCCAAGGAUGCCUUCUACACCCUCUACUCCCCGCUGCUCUCAAUUUGUUCAAACACAACCUCGAACAGCGGUCUCGACAACAGACCGCUGGGAUGAUGACUUACCCACGCAACGUUGGGAAACCCGAAGGGUAUCAUCUAUGACUACCUCCGCUCUUUCCGUGUCGAGCUCCAUACGAGGCGUGGACUGGAACCACGGCAACAGCAAUGGAAACGGAUCAGAAAAUAGCGGGCCUUCCAGUCCGCGAACUCCAGUUCCCGAUACGCCGACGAUGGUUCUCACCGACAGCGAGAAAAAACAUGUGAGGAUGUGGAUCAGGCAAUGUCCGACACUGCGACGAGUCGUUUUUAUUUCUGGUGCCGAAUGGGGUUUGUAACUACACAAGGUCGGAAUGAUGAUUUGUAUUGGGUGGAAAUCGGUACUAGCAUUCUCCAAUUACUACUACAUAUUUAACGAUGGAUAAUCUCUCUCAUGUUUCUGCGAAAACUAUACGGGUACAAAGGAGGAACAAAUGAGGAAUCAUGAGAUUUGGGUUGACUGGUUCGCCAUACAACUGGUCUAGCAUCAUGCAUGUGUAUUUUUUAUCUGUGCUUGAUUGCAAUCCCAGUUUUGGGGGCCUUUGAAAUUUUUUGAAACUGGACAUGAGUCUUG